UUUUGCCUCCAGGCAGCAGAAAGAGCUGACGGGCCGAAACAGUCUCGGGGACGGUGUCGGCGAAAGACACGGUGUAGAAAACCACAAAUUUACUAGUAAUGGUAAACACGGCAUGGCAGAAAGACAGGACAAUGAGGUGGAGGAGGCAGACCAGGUGUAUCUGCUGAUGAAAGCUGAGCACCAGAUCUCACGCAACGUGCGUCUGUCUUGGUUCCUCAGCAGGCUGCAGCAGACCAUACGGCCCUCUGUCGGGUCUGAGCUGUUUAAAUGGCACAGUGAGCUGGAGGUUUUCAGUAUCCUCCCCAAAGGAUGGCAGCCAGAUUCCCCUCCUACCCGCCAGCCGUACCUGCUGGUACCCUCCACGCGGGUCACCUUCCUGGCACACAGGUACUGCUUUGUCAUCGAGCUGGACCUCAGCCCUUCCACCGGGAUUGUGGAUGACAGUACAGGAGAGAUGAUAUUCGAUGAGGUCUUCCAUGCCCUGUCUCGAUGCUUGGCCGGGUUGGCAGCACCCUUCAGAGUUCCGGGUACGGACUUCCUGUUUCAGCCAGAGAUCUUCAUCACCAUUCUCGCCUACUCGUCCAUCGUCGGCCUCAGCUCCCACCAGGUGCUAGUGCAGGGCUGCCAGCUGGACUGUACAGAUUUGGACCAGUUCCUGCAUCAGAUCUAUCAGCAGCUCCGUGCAGUGGAGAACAACAUUGCAGAGGUUCUACAGCAGCAGCACAGCCAGUACGAUAGCUCCACCCUCUGCUCCUCCUUCUCGGUUGACAUUAUGGAGGAGCAGCCACAGAGGAAACAGACCAUUUCCAUGGUAACGGCAGACGUCGGGCUGGUCAGCAUGGUGAGACAAGGCAUCCUGGCUCUUCAGCUCCUCCCACCGAAUUCGAGUGCAGGUAUAAUAAUCAUAACAGACGGCGUGACGAGCGUGCCCGACGUGGCUGUAUGUGAGGCUCUGCUGAACCAGCUGAGAAGUGGCGCCAUCUCCUGUUCAUUUGUGCAGGUGGGUGGAGCCUACUGCUACGACUGCAGCUUUGGCUAUGUUCCCAAUGUGGAGCUGAUGAAGUUCAUCUCCAUGGCAACCUUUGGCUCGUACCUGUCCACGUGUCCGGGAGCGGCGCCGAAAGGGCAGGAGAUGAACGCCUGCCACCGGGCCUUCCUCACCUAUACCUACCUGUGCACUAGCGAGUCUAUCAACCUUGACUACUACUGCUUCUCCCAGCACAAGCUCUUUAAUGAGCACCUGGUGUCAGCCAGUGGGAAUCCCACACUGGUGCUCCGUAGGAAGAAGCACACGGACAAGGAGGUGCAUGCUGACCUGUGUAGUGUGCUGUCAGUCCGUCUGCGGGAGGGCUACACCAUCCGUGAGAUCAACAUCGCUAAGGGAGGCACUCAGCUGGAGGUGAAGCUUGUGUUGCUAUGGAAACACAACAUGCGUAUUGAGUAUGUGGCUGUGGCCAGCUGGCCCCUUAUCCCGACUAAGCGUACCACGCGGGUGGAGGUGACCAUGGAGGGCAGCUAUGACAUCCUGCAUGACAUCAGCUGCACCCUGCGCAAGCCCAUCACCAGCCCCUACCGCACCUCCGUCAUCCGGCGCUUCUGGAACACUCUACAGGGCAUUAAUCAGACGGACCAAAUGCUGGUGCACCUGCAGUCUUUUAACUCCAUCCCAGAGCACUACACCAUUCCUGAGAGCACUAAAAAUGGCGUCCCACUGUUCUACAUCCCGCCUGGCUCCACCACCCCAGUCCUCUCCUUGCAGCACAGUGGCUUGAAAGACUCCAGCCAAUCACAGUUUGCCUCCUACUGGAAGCCCAUCUUGUCCAUGGACGCCAACUUCUGGCAGCGUUGGUUACACAUGCACCGGAUCGCCAUCAUCCUGGAACAUGACAUGCCGCUUCCGAAGCACGUGCACAUCGCGGGUGCGAACGGACGGUUCAGUACGGUCCAGUGCAGAAUCGCCCACUCCGGCCUCACCUCCAUGCUCAGAGACUGGAGCAGCUUCGUACUGGUGGAGGGCUACUCCUACGUCAAACUCAUUUACAGUGCACCUGACCAGCAGCCCCUCUCCUUCUAUCUGGUGCGUGUCAUCUCCAAAGCCCCCUGUAUGGUCCUGCGUUUGGGCUUCCCCAUAGGAACACUGGCUCAGACCAGGAACAAGAUCGUGAACGAGUUACGUGAGCUGAUUCUGAGACUGCGUUUCCCGCACCGGGUCCAGAGCAAGGAGGCCACGCCGAAAACCAAGCGGAAGGGCCUGGGAAACGUGUCGCCUUCCAAAUCACCGCCACUUCCUGCACAGCAGCCCGCACUGUCUGACCGCCCCUGUGUGGUCAUCCUCAACAAACCUCUGGAGAAGCUGCUGAUCAGGUAUGAGAAGCUGCCGACAGACUUCCGUGCUCCCUUCAUCCUGAACAUGGAGCCGUUCGCGCAGCCGUCCAGCUCCGCGGCUCUGCUCAGCGCCGCGGCCAGCCGCACCGCCUCCUCCACCCUGGCCUCGCUCUCUCGCUACUUCCUGCACCAGCGCUGGGUGUGGGCGGUGCAGAGUGGCCCAGGGGGCGUGGUCACGCUGCAGGCCGCCGCCCACAUCCUUGCCAUGCUUGCUGAAAUCCGCCUGGCUGAGGGCUUCCACUACGCCGCCAGUGGAGACGGGAUAGUCAACAUGGUGAUAGAACUGCCCAUGGCCGUGAAAACACCCAAGGGCACAUCUGCAGUCCUGGUCCCAGAGUACCACACGUGCAUUGUUCAGUACAUUCUGUUCCCACCUCACUCCACCACCACCAAGGACAGUUUCUCCACGGACGAUGAUAACGACACGGAAGUGGAGGCUAUAGACACAGACACGGAGCUGAACCUGGUGACGGAGUGCUGGGUGGAGCCCCAGACUGGGACCGUGUGGAGCCCGUUGGACCAGCACGGGCAGUUCCAGAACCUGACCUACCAGGAGAUCCCUCAGGCUAUCUUUCCUCGUGAUCUGUGCUGCAUGUCCACCAUGAUGACGUUCGAGUACCUGGUCCAGCUGUGUCAGAGCAAAGAUCAGACAGCCCCUUUGACUAGCAACAAGGAUACAACAGGGGAAGCCCCGGCUGGUUCUCUCUGUGAUGGAAUACACACGGUGCCUUUUCAGUUUGACCUGAUGAAGCUCUUGCCCCAGUGCCAGCAGAUAGAACUGUUUUUCUACACACUCAGCAGAGAGAAUGAAGACGUGCUCCAGAGCGCUCCCUCUCUGUCCAAUGAGCUGCUUCUCGGCCUCUUCCACAGCUCGCUGCAGAAUGAACUGAGUGACCGGGAGAUUGCGUUGGCUGACAGAGAGCAUGUGACCUUCAUGCUUCAUAUCUUGGAGAGAGAGCGGGAUGGUCAUGUGGCCCCAUUCACUUUGCCUGUGAUUAAAGAAGAGAGGCAGGACACGGUAUUGUCAUUCCAUACCACUGGGAGCAAUAAGGAGGUGACCGGUUCCAGCAGUACUCUACAGAGUUUCAGUAAUGCAGAUCUGGUGGAUGAGGAGCCCGUGGUGACUGAGAGAGAGCAGAGCGCCCCCCAGUGGAAAUGCUACGCCAAGCUCAUCAGCCCCCAGCAGGUCCUGCUUGUGUUCCUGCCUGCAACCUUCUCUGAUGUUCAGAUUUUGAUGUCUUUUGGCAUGGGUACUGACCCGCAAGUCGAUGGCAACCAAUCACGGACCGCUUCCAUCAGCAGCUCAGCCAAUGGGCUUGAGGAGGUGGAGUCUGUGGUGGAAUCCAGUGGGGCUCUGCAUGGCGAAAUUGGUGAUGGCCAACCGGAAACGCCCUCAACAGAACGGGAGAGCGAGGACAAGCAGACCGCAGACCAGGCUAGCACAGAUACAGCCUCUGCUCCAGAGGAGAAGGAUGGUGUCCAGUUUGCGGAGCCUGACUGCCAUGUCAGUUUUGUCCGACAGCAGAGCGGCGGCGACCCAAAUAGGCCACGCUGUCCCGUCUACGUCUACAGCUGCGCCCUGGACUCCCUCAAACAGCAGCUGGUCCACCCACUCUCCAGAACCAUGCCCAAAGACGUCUUCCUCAGACCUCAAGACACAGGGUCCUGGGAGCUCAAUCUGCAGCAGAAAUACAGGUCGCUCUCUCAAGAACGCAAUAGCACCUCCUGGACAGACCUGAUGGGUCCUCAUCACAAGCAGAAAGAGCUGGCGAACUACUGUAGUCUGCUUCAGGAGCACUACUGUCAGAGCUACGUCAGAGGUGUGUACCGCAGUCUCCAGCAGUCGCACUCCAUCAGUUCCCAGGACAUUCUCACGGCCAUGGACUACUGUGAAGAGUCCCUGCAGGAGAUCGACAUCACUUCCUUCCUGCAGACGCUGUGCGGACACAUCCGUAUGUUCCGGGAGCGGCACGAGUCCUGUGCAGUGGAAAACGUGAGGAAGACUCCCACUGUGGCAGCAACCUUCAUCAUCGGUGAGGGAGAGGAAGAGGGGACGGACAGACCGACGUUGGUUUCUUCAUCCAGCGUUGAGCAGGAUGAUGUGAGUGAGUCAGAGUGCAGAGGAAAAAUCUCCACCUCCACAUCCACAUUGGCCACAGAUGAACCCAAGUCCACCAGAAUCCUAGAAUUCCCUCUGUCUCUCCUCCAAUGCAAGCAGAAGUGUGAAGUGUACCCAGAACUGCACAAAAUCAUACAGGACAAGUUCAAGGACAUUGGGGCUCAGUACUUUAAAACCGUUCCUUCUAAUCCCCACUAUUUCAUCUACUGUCCCGAGUCUUCCAGGAAAGAGGAGGACUCAGACGGGGAGGAAGAGAGGAAAGCCAGUGAGGACUGGGAGGUCUCUGAGGCUGAGCUGGCCACCGAGGAUGAGAACGUGUCCGGCUGCUGCAUCGUGUCUGAGAGUGACACCGACCUGGAGGUGGAGUACCAGGAUCAGGGUAAUGGGAAUGCCAUCGGAGGCGGGGUGGAGGACAGGGAAGCGGAUGGCGAUUCCCUGACAGAGUCGGACACGAUGAACCAGGACGAGGACUCCUUCAGCAUCCUGGAGGGAGACUCUCUGCUGGAUCCGGCUGGCACGCAUCCGGAGAUGCCCCCUCUCUUCAUCCAUCUUGUCUGCUCUGUGGGCACACGGAGCCACCAUGGUUCCAUGCCUAUGAGCACUCUGCCCACCUGUCUGGGCGAGGUCAUCAGCUGCCUGGACAAUGUCGAGACUCUUCGGUCUGUGGAUCUGAGCGAGCUGACUGUCACUCUGGACAUCUUCGUGUUGACCUUGCCCCUAGAAAUAGAUGUCAUGCCUCCUGAUUUCCACCAUUCCAGGUAUGCCUCUGAAAGCAGUAUGUCCAUGAGCCGUUCACCUGGUCAGCCGUCAUCAUACCGCUCUGAUGAUGAGCUCAUAGAUAACCUGAACAGCGUGCGUGAAGCUGGAAUGGACAGUAUGGCAGGAGACUCUCUGUCCAAACUCCCUGCCCCUCAGAAACAGGCUGUCUUGGCCACAAUGGACGAGAUCCACUGGCUGUUGGAGGAUGAGAUAGUGUCAGCUCUGAGGCUCUCCUGUGUGCUCAGCUCCUCCACGCUGCAGAAGGUUGCCGACCACGUGUGUCGCUCCAGCGGAAGGCCUGGCUGUCACCACGAGGUCGUGACCCUGCAGUUCGUCUUUGGCCCUGAACAGUCCCUGGAGAAGUUCAAAGAGGAGUUCAGGAGGCUGUCAUUUCCAGGUUAUCUUCUGAAUGCGGAGAAACAGAACUUCCACUACGUCUCCCUCAGCCGGCAGCACUCCCACAGACUAGAAGCUGCCCGGCAACUCCACCACAACUUGGCCAAUUCUCAGGGGGCGGGGCCUCUCACCCAGAGACCAAAUCAGACCCAUGAGGCUGACGGUAGCUCCAGGGCAACGGCCAAUCAUUUGCCACCUUCAAAAGGGCGGGAGGGAGAGGUGGAGCCUGAAAAGACGAGUCCACGGGCUGAGGUUCAAUGUGGCGUUGAAAGUCAGACGCAGCCACAUCAGGAGGCGGCGCUGGAGGCGGAGCAGGAUGAGGCCCCAGAGGAGGAGGAGGCGGGGCCUGUUGUCACUGACUCGGUGAGCGACAGCCUUUCUGAGCAUUCGGACCUGGGCCGGGUGAGACCGGCCAACCCAGACGAUGGGCGUUCUCAGAGCACCAAUCAGCAGCCCUCCGGCAGUGCUGACCACGCCCCUGAACCUGCCUCCCCACCCAAAACACCCUCCUCUGUCAGCCUGGCUGAGUCUGUGCAGUCGGCCACACACAGCAGUGGGAAACUGAGGCCCAGUCGGGUUCAGAGUGUGGUCUCCAGCCAAGGGAGUAUGGACUCGGACAUGCUCGGUUAUGAUGGUGGAAGCAGUGAUUCUGAAUGUGACGGGCCCACCAUGGAUGAACAGGAAGCUCCGAGUCCACUCAUGCCAGACUUCUGGCUCAUCAUUCGAAUCGACCAUGACAGAGUGGAGGUGUUCUCGCAUUCCAGGAGUUUUAUUGGUGGAAAGGAAGACAGGGUAGGAGAAGAGGACGAGGAGGAAAUCCCAGAGUACCUUCGUCUUCAUCAUCUCAUUGUGAGGAAGAUUGGGGAAAUCUGUCGAAUCGUCAAUCAGCGCCUCUUGCUGCAAGACCUUCACGAUAGUCAUGUGUGUAACUCGCUCUUGGUGGCCGAAAGUGAGGAGGACAUCUGGAAGAACGAAUCACUGUACAGGCAGAGGAUUGCCAACUCAGACGACUAUAAUGCUGAUGAGAGCUACCAACCCAGAGAUUACCUGGCUGCAACCAUGCACUUCAUUCCUGGGUACUUUGCCUGUGACGUGGUCUGGAGCACCAUCAUACACAUCCACCCUCGCCUGAAGAUGGGGCCCAAUAUGGGCGUGGCUCGGGCGAUCCAGGCCCUGCGUUCAGUACUGAGUGCCUUCUGCGUGGUCAACCGUAAAAAUAUGUUCGUGUACCAGGAGCGCACAACCAAGUCUGUGUUCUACCUCAGACUCUCCGAAACCUCUCAGACAGGGAAGUACAGCGAGCCGGAUGGGAACGCCCCACUCUCUCGCUCCGUGGCUCUGGCUCGCAGUCAGGAGCCUUUAGUCUCAGAGGACAUCACGGGUUCUCGUUCAUCUCUGGAGGGCUCAAGGCCAGUAGGACAGGCGGACAAACACAUCCUGUUACUGGUACAUGGAGUUGGGCGUGCAGGUCCGGAGAUCACAGAUGAGUUGGUGAAGGUUCUGAGAAAGCGAUUGGAUGAGACUACCCUCGACAUCAUCACUGUGAUGUUGGUCAGGAACUGCAAACUGACCCCUGCAGAUGUGGAGUUUAUUCAGCCUCCGGGCUUUCCAGCUGCAGAGGUGAUGGAGUUCCGCCUGCCUCACUACAGUGUACAGUGGAUGUCGGCGCUGGCUCACUAUCUGCGACAGAACCUCCUCAUGUUCCUCCACAUCCCCAAAUACACAGACAGCUACAUGGAGCAUCACUUCAAGCACCACUUCCAUCUGAACAGCGAGCUGCCUGACUCUGAUAUCUACCUGUACAAUAAACCAGGGGGGCAAGGAACAGGGGGUAAAGGUACGAUGACGGAGCUCGUUCAGAACCUCUUCCCACCCUCCCAGUUCCAAGGUAUCGCCUGCAUUGCCUUGUCCUUCGUGGAUGCUCAAGGCUGCCCCCUUGUGGUGUCUGCGCAGGGUGGCACUGCCCCACCGAGAAGGGAUGCUUCUCCAAUCCCCUUUCAGCCAGAUCAGUUUGAGGCCCUGACAACAGUCGUGAAGGCUGACUCUCCUGACCCAAGUCCAGGUUCCUCAGUUCGGGUGAGGUUUGAUGUCUGGGAACAGGGAAACAUCAGUCCGCUACAGCUCAUGGACAAACUCAGAGGGGCGGUACGCCAUGCGCUCUGUGAUGUCGUCAUGGAGAUGAGAGUCCUGCCCAACCCACUGUGUUUAGAAACCUUCUGCGUGCCUGGCCCCGCCCACGUGAAUGAUGCAAACAUUACAGCAAGUCUUCCGCAGCCGGAGGGCAGAGAGACAAAGGACAGCCCUCGCCGGCCUAUCGGCAUUCACGGGGUUAGAAGUAGCCCCUCCCCCAUCACCCUUAUCCCCACCCCCAGCUCCACCCCCACCACCGGUGCCAACACGCCCGAGUCGACCACACCCACUGGCAAAAGUGUCCGCCGGAGCUUCUGGGAAAUCCUGAGUAAGCCAGACUCGUCAGAGCUGGGUAGUCCGAAGACCACGGAUGAUAUUGUACAGGAGAGGGCGGACGACGGCCGUCUCGGCCGGAGGAGACACAAGACCGAGAGCGUCAAACAGCAGUGGAGCCUGGACAGGACAGCAGCCAUGGAGUUGGAGCAGGUUCAGAGGCGGCAUGUCCUACAGCUGGAGGAGGGAGACGUGGGCACCUUGCACCCUGUCUACCAGCGUGUCUUCCAGCCCUGGGUCAUCUUCAUGGCCAAACUGGGUUGCCCGUCCAUUCAGCACUGUACAGCUGAGAUCACCUCUCUCUUCCUCCUGUCCUCCGUUCUAACAGAAGUGGUGAACUUGGUCACCUCUUUGGCUCCUGACACCACAGUGAAGGUUUUCGAGAGAACCAGCUCUGCUCAGGAAGACAUUUUUGUCCCGCUGUCUCACAUCCAGACCGUGAGCCCUCCCUCUAUCGCUGCCCAGAGUUUCAUCCUUAUUGGCCGAAACUUCCACCAGUGGCACUCCAAUGGCACGGAGCAAGAGGACAGUUCAGAUGAUGAAGUCCCUACAAUGCUUGUUCAUAAAGGCCUUCAGCGAUUCGAAGCACUGGAGCACAGUGAUUGGCUGACUCCCGGGCAGACCGGGAGGGGCGUGGCCCCACGCCAGCGCUUCUUAUACAUCUAUAUUGUCGCCAAAAAGCUGACCCUGUACACAUAUAACUGGUCGGUGGAACUGGGCGCAUUGCUGAACCGUGACUUUGUGCGCCUGGUACAGUGGCACAACGCCCGUGCGCAUGUAGUCCACGGCCUUCUGAGCCAGAAGAUGGGUCUCUUCCACCAUUACUGCUUCAGUGAUGCACCCGCACAUGAAGACCUGAAACAGGAGCCAAACCCCUUCCUCAACUCGGCCCUGGAAGCCGACGCUCUCCUGCGGAGCCCCGUGCCCCCCUCGCCCAAUAAGGACCCUGGUCGCUCGGGUAGCUCCGCCCGGGCCCCGCCCCCCAUGCCUUUCCCCGCCGAGCUCAUACCCUUCGACGAGGCUCUCAGAGACGUGAGUGCCGUGCGUUCCCUGGCCACUCAGGAUGGAGCAGAUGUUGUGAGUCGCCAUGGCGCCCAGCUACUGGAGGUCAAAGCUGCAGAGCGCAGAGAGCUGGAGAAACAGAUGAAGAUUGAAAACCUGUUUGUGACUUGGCAACAGCGAUCGGCUCAGUCCAACAUGCCUAUCUCUGUGGCAGAUCUGGACACACUGAAGCAGUCAUCCCGGUUGGUGCAUUACUGUGCCACACCACUGCUCUUUGACCCUGCGUUCAGGAAGGAGAUGGUACUCCAGCCACAAAUGAAGAAGCGGCAUCGCUCCAGUGACUCCACGGCCUCGGGUCGGGACCGCAGUUACAGCACUGACUCUGCGGAGCAGCUUCCUGCAGGGCUGCGGGAUGAGUCCUGGCUGCAGGACCUGUUCAGCACCUUCAUGCAGCAGUAUGUGCAGUACCUGCAGAGUAUGGGCUUUAUUCUGGUACAGGUCCGCCCACACUCACCAGCCCGCAGUAUCGCUCGUGCGCGUGCUGCACUGUUGAGCUCUCUGUCCAGUGAGGGCAGGUCCUCUUUCUCUUCUUUCUCCUGUAACAAGCAGAAGAGUGAAGACAGUCCAAAGCAGAGCAGUGGCUCGGGCACUACAGCGUACCACCUCCAGAGGGCGCUACCAGGCGGCAUCAUGCUCAUGGAGCUGGCCUUCCAGGGUUUUUAUUUCUGUGUGAAGCAGUAUGCAUUAGAAUGCUCUCGGAUUCCCAUGGGCCAGACUGUUAAUUCCCAGUUGUCCAUGCUGUUCACUGAGGAGUGUGACAAGGUGCGGGACCUGAUGCACGUGCAUUCCUUCAGCUACGACUUCCACUUGCGUGUGGUGCACCAGUACUUGGUGGGCUGUCACCUGACCCUGCGCCAGGGCUACCAGCUCAACCGCUUCCUAGAAGACUUCAUUACCCAUCACCCCGACAUCCCCAAGUUUGGCCACAACCACGUCUUCCAAGGUAGUUUCUCCAUUUCGACAGGGAUGAUCACUGCUCACCAACUCUACAACUACAUCACCGAUCAUGCUGGCACAUACAGCAUGAAGCCUCUUCGUAUGUCCAAGACUGCAGUUACCACUGACAGCAAGAAGGGGGCGCCGAACACAGACCUGCAUGAGUAUGCCCUAGUGGCGCUGUGGAACAGUUCGGGUGUGUAUAAAGACCCAGAGGGACUGUGUCGCCACGACGACUUUGAUGUGUCUCUGGUGGUGUGUCACAACGCGGCUCCAUUCGAGGAGCAGUCAGAGGGAGAGAGACACCUGCUGAGGCUGCGUUACUAUGUAAUCAUGACCAGUCAGAGAGAGCUCUUCCCUCGGCUGACGGCUGAUAUGCGGCGCUUUAAGAAACUCCCGCACAUCUACCGCGACCCCGACGACCUCAACGGCCGUGUCCCAGUAGAGCGAGCAGAACCAGGCAACGUGGGAAGUCCGGAUCCUGAACCUGACCUCUGGGAAGAGACGACCUCUCCGCUGACCCCCACGACCAGCCCCGAACCUGACCUCGGCGAGCAGGCGUGGGAGGGGGGCGGAGCCUCUCCCGGUCUGUUCUACCUGCCCUCUCUCUUCCCCUUGCUGAACUCUGAGGUGCUGUCAGCGCGCAGGCAGAUCCAGAGCAGCGUGGAGCAGGCCAUGGGUCACUGCCGCAGGGACAACCUGUGGAGGAGGCUGUUCCACGGGGAACACCUGGACAGGCUCAAGCUCAGCAAACUGACCUUCGGGGAACUGGAGGAGCUCCUGAAUGCCGUGCAGAGCAGGUCCAUCGACGAGAUUGACCCACAGCUGGACUGUUUCCUCACCAUGAGUCCUGCCUGGUACCAGAGUCUCAUUAAAGUGCUCCUGUCCCGCUUCCCACAGAGCUGCAGGCACUUCGUGGACGACAGUGGCAUUCAGUACCUGGCUGUCCUUAACCAGAAGUUCACAGACUGCUUUGUGCUGGUGUUCCUGGACGCCCAGGCAGGGAAAACGAGUCUUAAGGUUGUUUUCAGGGAACCGCUGCCAUCUCAACCGCAACCUAGCAACAGCCCCCCACCCCAACUGGUGUCCAUGUACCACCAUUUGGAGUCUGUGAUCAACACCGCCUGUUACAACCUAUGGACGGGUCUGCUGUAGCAUCUCACACACACAGCAGGGGAGCUAAUGGACAUAGGAACAACAACAAAAAAAUGCAAUUUUGGCUAAACGAGUGUGUAGUGUGAUAUGAAGGAGACAGGGGAGCUUUUCCAACAAGACUGGAGUCAGACAGGCCUGUGGCCAUGGUGGUUACAGUACAUUCUGUAUAACAGUGUUAUUCUGGAACGUUCUAGAGCAAAUUAAGAAUCGACAGGCCGAAUGAACCGGCGUGAAUGUUCUAGAGGCUUACCGAGACAACCCACCCCCACCCACCAAGAUCUAGCCUCCAGCCCAGUGUUUGAGUUUAACUAUAUGUUGGAUCGUGUCAGGGGUCUUAAGAUGGCGUUUAACUCCCAAACGCAUCUGGUGAAGUCGGACUGAGAGGAGAUCUACCUCACGGAACAGGACUCGAGGGCGUCCCCAUUCGUGUACUUUACAGGGGCUGCGUUUCACAUGUGUAAGAGGACCCUUGGCCACACUGCUGGUUUGCCAAAGCCAUACUCUCUUCAGCUCUCGGCUGGGGUCUUUACGAUGUUUCUUUUGUUGCUGUGGCUUUAUUUUCCCUUUAGUUGUUUGACGACCUUAGUGGGUGUUCUGCUUCUUCUAAUACUGAAUAGACAUUCAGGUUGCAAUGGAGGGGUAAGCGCUGGUCAGAAAAGAGAGAGAGGGGAGAGAGAAGCAAGAUAGAGACAGCACAAGCACCUUUAACGUUGCCAGUUACGCAGAGAAUCGUUCGGGUGUGCCGUUAUCUGACGCACACGUUGAAAUGACGACUUGGUUUCACGGUGCUUGCGGCACUGUAUGAGCCAUUAAGUAGCCGAUGACUACUCUGUGUGUGUGUGUGUGAGAACUACUGAAGUUUGUAGUGGUGGGUGAUUGCUUCUUGUUCUGCCCUCAGUGGUAUUUUGCGUGAAAUAAUUUAUACUUACUGCCAUAAUCUUAAAUCCAGAAGUGCCUACUUUUUUUUUAAUUUUUUUUUUUAGGAUGCAGUCAGAAUUGUUAUUAUUUAAUCGACAUUGUCAGAGAAGAAUCACAUCUGUGUGGUGAUCUAGUUCUACAACGGUAAUGCUCUGAACAGACUUUUUGUCUCAGUUUACAGACAGGACAGCAGGAAAAUAUCUACCAAUAGCAUGGGUGCGCACACACGCACAGACACCCACAUACGUUUCACAGGAGACAUGGCUGCAUCUUGUGUGCACUUCACUGAAAGAAACCAAAUAUUUACAGGCCAUUUUGAGCUCGAUUCAAAGUGGCUGCUGCUGAGUGAGACGACGUGUUCGAGUUUUCUGACAUGAAGGACGCUGGACACUUAAGCCUAAUAAUGCAGUAUGCUAAUGAGUUAGCAGUUGAUGUGUGCAUUUAGGCUAUUAAAAUAUUGUGAUUUAAUUGUUUGAAACCUGUACAUUAUGUGUAUAUAAUGAAUCAUUUGUAAGUAUACAAUGCAGCAUUAAACCAUAAAUGAAUAA